AAACUUGCUACGGAAGUAGGGGGAAGCUCGGAGUGGUAUUUAGCCGUCGAGGCAAAAAUUAAUUUCUUUGUCGAAGCCCUUUAUUUUUUUUAUAAAUUCCUCGUUCUAUAGCAAGAUGGGCAAAUUUCCAUUUUCAGAUUGAUCCAGCCCUAUCCGACAGUGUGAAUUCAGUACCGUUCUGCAAGAGGAAAAAGUAUUCAAGGCCUUUUGUGAGGAGCACCGAAUAAUGGAAGUUUGCCAAAACUAUUGUGAAAAGUGCAAGAAAAGAACUGAAGAAAGUUCAAAGGGUAUGGAAGAGCAGACAAGAGAGUUCAAUGAAGAAGUCAACAAGCUUGGUGAAGUUAUUUUGGAUUGUGGAACAAACCUAUUUUCGGAGGAGGGACUUCAACUGCUUAUACAAUAUUAUUCCGAGGACCAGGCAGCAGCUGUUGAGGAGAACCAUGAAAUGUUGGAAGGAAACUUAAAGGGUAUAGAUAAUUUGCUGCAUUAUCUGGACCCUCAAAUGUUGACUCAAAUUCUGGUGCCUAGCACUACUUUGAUAACUGGUGGUGUUGCCAAUUCUAGUAGUGCUGGAGGUCAUGGUGGGCCAAAGUUAGGCACCCCAUUUGAGCGAGCAUGGGAAUUAAAGAGGAAGAGAGAGGAAGAACUGGAUGAAGCUCGUAGGGGCAAAAGGCCUGGAACUACUGACAAUUACACUCCACCUUGUCCUCCAAUUUAUGGUUCUCAACCUAGUGGGUUUAUGGCUGACGCUCACUGACAGACUUCCCCUCAGUCAGCUGCUGCACAUCUUUUCUCUACCUCAGCAUGCACAUCUCAGUGGGAGGAGAGGUUAAGGAAGUUAACUGGUGAGCCUGCAUCAGGGGGUAACAAUGGAGCCCAUGCAAUUAUGGACGAUUUUGUGAAGCUGGUCAGCAAACUAUAAUUAAGGCCUUUUUCUUCU